CUAGAUUGCCUUAUAAGUUUUGAAGCCGAUGAAAAAAUGGGCAACUGUCAAAUUCAAAAUUUGGUCAUAUUUUGUUUUGAUUUUUACAAAAGUGAACGAAUGUCGCGUAUUUUGUUCUACAUCCACAAAUCCAAUAAAUGUAUGUACAAUUUAAUGAUAAUAGUGCGCAAUACAACAUGGAAAUCCAGACCAUUACCUUAGAACAUUGGAUGUGCCGAAUUUGUCUCGGCAAAGGUGCACACAACAUUUUCGACGAACAGCUGAGCCUAGCACCGGAGAACGAACACCAUCAAGGUCAACCGUCUUUGACCAGGCACCACAGUAGCAGUGACCCUAUCUCAAUUAUCGAUGCGCUCAACUGCUUCUGUGAGUUCAAGAUCUGUAAACCGGACACCGUCAAUGAACCGAUAAUGCUCUGUGAAAGUUGCCAUGCCGAGUUGGUCAGUUGCGUGAAAUUUCGUCGGAAACUAAAUGAAUCGGAAGCUUUGCUGCGCAAAGACUGCUCCACACCGGAUGUGGAGGAAGAGAUCGAAGAUAAGAAAACGGGGCUCACAAUGCAAAUGGUCGAUAUUGAACCGUUCCUAGAUGAUGAAUCUGAUGAACCGUUAUCACCAGAAGAGAUAAAAACAACGAAAACUCAUUACUCAAAGCCUCGUUUCCAGCUGACCCAUCAGGUGAGUAACAUUUUAAGGCAUGUGGCCACUACGAGCAGUAGUAGUAACAACAGUGCCAAUGAUAACCCGGGAAGAGAGAAACGAAAAGAGUCCGAUUGCCAGUCGGAUUCCGAAACGCCAAAGAAAAUUCAGCGAAGAAAUUCGCAGCAAGCCCUACUCAAUAGAACGUUAGUGAUACCUCACUACAUCUUCAGUGGCCAGAUAAAAUCCGAGGAACAAGAGUUGUCCUUAGAAUCGAGGGAAACUUCAGAACCGAGUCUUCCCCGAUAUGAGUCUAAUCCCGACCGAUUGGACACGGACGAGAUUUUCCACUGCACACACUGUCCAAAAGCCUUCGCAACUCCCCAGCAUUUGGCUAGUCAUACCAAAAAUGUCCACCAGUGUCAGCACUGCCGGAAGUAUUUCCCUACCACUCUUGCCAAAAAUGUGCACAAUCGGGAGGAACACCGGUCGUUCCAAUGCACGCACUGUAGUUUCCGUUCGCGAUACAUCGCCAAUUUGAAGUCCCACCAGCGGAGGGUGCAUUCCUCGGCAGCAUUAUCCGUGGUAGAACCACAAAAUGAAAUAAAUGCAUGAAACGGUGGUACAGAAAU